AUGGGUUUGCCUCAGAAUAACGGUGCUGCUGGUGCUCCUGCUUCCCCUUCAACUGAAAUCACACUUCCUAUCUACAAGUUGAGCAAGUCCCCAAUUGUAUUACUUCCAGGUAUAUUGUAUAGAGUCACUUUCUCAAAUCAAGAUGCCUCAAACUUCUUAAAUUUUUACAAGAAUCCAAAACUACACAAUUUACUGAUUGCAAAUCUGCCAAAGCAAGGUUUACUCGGUGUUGAUGAAAAAAAUGCUGAGAAAGUCUCCAAAGAUUCAAUCCAGGGAUCUCGUGCAUUAAGAAAAUUCUUGAAUGGGAAUCAAGGUAAUGAAGGUGCUUAUGAUUGGUUGAUUGUGGGGUUAUUGUCACAACUUUCAAAUGAUAAAGUUGCCACUAUUUCAAGAAUUGUUGGUAUUGUUAAUGAUUCUAAAUCUAUUGUCAUCACUUUCCAAGCUUUAACUAGAGGUGAAGUUUUGUUAGAUGAUAUUGAAGAUACUGAACCAGGUUUCCCAUUUGAAGCCAAGAUUAAAGCUAUUUCCAAUCAUGUUGAUUUAGGUACAGAUUAUUUACAUGAAAAAGUUCCAGUAUUCAACAAAGUUACUGAUGAAUUGUUUGACAAGAUUGAAAAUUUCAUGAAGGAAUAUUCUUUGGUUUGUACUUUUGAGAAAAGCAUUCCACAGGGGAAGAAAUAUGCUUUGACAUUAUCACCAUUAGCUAGUGCUCUAUAUCAACAAUUUUCAAAUGAUUUCAAAAAUUCAUGGCAAAAAUUGAUUAAUUUAAUUGAGAAGUUUAAUGGGAAUUUGGACAAGUUGAAAUCUAUCAAGAACUCUGAAACUUUCUUAAAAUUGUUAGAUUUAACAAUUGCUGUUUUACCAACUGCAAAAUUGGAGUUUUUAGGUACUUUAACUGUGGAAACAAGAUUUGAUAAAUUUGUGGAAAUUCUUCAAAAUUUUAUUGAAUUAUUCAAUGUUUUAGAUAAAAGUGUUGAAUAUGUUGAAAAUUAUUAUUCAAAGGCAUCGGAUUUGGAAAAAUCAAAAAUCAUUUCAAAUCAAUUGAAAUCUAUCAAGUUUUCACUGGAUUCAAUUAAACCGGAAAAAUCUUCAAAUUAUUCACCUGGCACAAAUACACCAACAAAUAGAUCAAAUCCAUUCAGUGGUGCUAGUUCAUCAGGUAAUUCUGAAGAAGCUGAAGAGUUACAAAUUGUUGAUAAAUUCAUCAACAACAUUCCAUCAGAUGUUCAUCCAGAUGGUAGACAAAGUUUAACCAAGGAUUACAAACGUCUAAAACGUAUGCCAACCCAACAUUCAGAAUAUCAAGUCUUGCGCACCUAUUUUGAUGUUAUCCUGGAUAUCCCAUUUGGUCAAUACAUCAACUCAAAAGAGAUUGAAAUUUCAAAAGCUCAAAAACAAUUAGAUGAUGACCAUUAUGGCUUACAUCAUGUCAAAAAGAGAUUAUUACAGUAUCUAUCAGUUUUGAAACUACAUGAUAAAAACAAUCUUGAUGAAUCACCAAAUUCACCAAAUGAAUUAGUGAAAAAACCAUCAUCUUCAUCUCCAAUACUAUUAUUUGUUGGUCCACCAGGUGUUGGUAAAACUUCAUUAGCAAGAUCUAUCGCCACAGCUUUGGGCAGAAAAUUCCAACGUGUUUCAUUAGGUGGUGUUCGUGAUGAAUCUGAAAUAAGAGGACAUCGUCGAACCUAUGUCGGUUCAUUACCUGGUGUGAUAAUUUCAGCAUUACGUAAAGCAGGUUCAAUGAAUCCUGUGAUAUUAUUAGAUGAAAUUGAUAAAGUCAGUGGUGGUACUGGUUCCAAUGGGAAAAUUUCGGGAGAUCCAGCAGCUGCAUUAUUAGAAGUUUUAGACCCGGAACAGAAUUGUAAUUUUACUGAUCAUUACAUUGGGUUCCCUGUUGAUUUGUCCCAAGUGUUGUUUUUGUGUACUGCUAAUGAAUUGGCAACUAUUAGUCCUCCAUUAAGAGACCGUGUUGAGAUUGUGGAAAUCUCGGGUUAUACAGCUGAGGAAAAGGUAAAUAUCGGCUCAAAAUACUUGUUACCAAAACAAAUCAAGUUGAAUGGAUUGCCUGAAGGGGAAGUUUUAUUGAAUGAAUCAAUUUGGAAAAAAAUUGUUUUGGAAUAUAUUAGGGAACCUGGUGUUCGUAAUUUAGAAAGAACAAUUGCAGCAAUCUGUAGAGGUAAAGCUGUUGAAUUUGUUGAGAAUGAAGAAUCAAAUUAUAGCCCAAAUAUUGAUGAGAAUUCAUUAGUGAAAUAUAUUGGAUUACCAAUUCAUCCAAUUUCAAAAGAUCUAAUCUUGAGACCAAAACUAAGUAAUCAUUAUGGUGUUGUUAACGGGUUAAGUUAUAACUCUGAUGGGUCCGGUGGUGUUUUAGUUUUUGAAGUUAUAAGUAUCCCAUUACACUCUGAAAAUUCAAAGAGUCCAACAUUAAUAAUUACAGGUCGUUUAGGUGAAACAUUGACAGAAUCCAUUAAGAUUGGUUUAAGUUUUAUCAAAUCCACAAUAUCAAGAAACCUGAUUCAUAAUUUGAACUCUACUGAAGUUUUGAAACAAUUUAAUAACUCUGAAUUACAUCUUCACGUUCCAAUGGGUGGUAUACCAAAAGAUGGUCCAUCUGCUGGUAUAACAAUCACUUUAGCACUUUUAUCAAUUGCAUUGUCCAAGCCAGUUGAUCCAACAAUUGCAAUGACUGGUGAAAUUACAUUAAGAGGGAAAGUUUUACCAAUUGGAGGUGUUGGCGAGAAGUUAUUGGGAGCUUCAUUGUUUGGUAUAAAGACUGUUUUAAUUCCAAAAUUGAAUAGAAAAGAUGUUAUUGAACAUUUUUAUAAUGAUGAUGAUACUAAAUUGGUUGAAUUUUUGAACAAGGGGACUGAUGAACCUGAGGUUAAAGUUAAAGAAAAAUUGGGUAUUGAGAUUAUUUACGUUGAUACAUUUUGGGAUGUGAUCAAGGCUGUUUGGGGCAAUGAGGUUGAAUUGGGUGUUGAUCAAAUUCUAGAAAGUCAUGCUUGA